CCCACGGCACUCGCAGCCUCUGGAAGCCGGAGGGAGGCAGCUUCGGGAUCCGGCUGCCCAGAGCCAGGUACGGCGGUGGAGCACGCACGCACGCCCGCCAGCUCGCCAUGUCACAGGUCCGAUGUCACUCGCCGCCAGGCGGGCUCGGACGUUCUGCAGCCGACUGCAUGCAGGGGGUCAGCGAGCGUCUGUGUCAUCGAGGCCCCGCUUUCCCACGCUGCACCAUGAAGCGCCUGCUCUGCGGCCUCCUGCUGCUCAGCCUCUGCCCGGGCCGCACCUCCGGCAGCUGCCACCGGGCCUGUCUGAGCUGCCGCGAGAAGCUGGGGCCUGCCCUGGACAGCUUCAGCCUCGAGGUAUGUGUCCUCCAGUGUGAGGCCAGGGCCUCUCCGGCCCCCCUCUGGACUCCGUGCACCGAGGCCACAGCGGGGGACUCCUGGCAGCUGGACCCCACCGGCUCGGAGCAAGUGGGGGGCGCCCCCGAGACGCAGCAGCUGAAGCGCAUGCCCCGGGUCAGGAGCCUGGGGCAGGAGCAGGAGCGCCCGGAGCCCGGCCCUCAAGACGUGCAGCAGAAGCGGCUGCAGAAAAGGUUCGGCGGCUUCACAGGGGCCCGCAAGUCUGCCCGCAAGCUGGCCAACCAGAAGCGCUUCAGCGAGUUCAUGAGGCAGUACCUGGUGCUGAGCAUGCAGUCCAGCCAGCGCCGGCGGACCUGGCGCCAGAAAGCACACGCAUAGCCGUCGGGGGGCCCCCCCACCCUGCCGUCCACCCUCCUGUAUCCCGCUGACCCCCCCAAACAGCAUGUCGCCAGCCCACCGGGAACCGAGGCCGGAUCCACUUCCAGAUCCUCCCUGCCCGUCUGGCCGCCCCUCCCCCACCACCCGGCUGUCCCCCCAUUCCGUCUGGCUUUUCCCCCACUCUCCCCUCACCGGCAUGUUCCAUGACACCCGUGUGUCCUCACCAGAGUGUAUUUUUGUAACUCCCCGCUAACGUGGACCUGCUCGCUGCCCUCUCCCUCCUGGGCGUCCUGGCCAAAGGAAGUAGUCAGGGCCCCCGGCUGCCCACCUCGGGUUUGGAAAGAGCUGUCCUUCUAAAGACGUCUCUCCAUUAAACUUCUACUGAGCAAAUGGUU